AUGCGUGAGGAUAACAAGGAUGAAGAGAUCUCGGAAGAAGAAGAUCCUCGUUCCCCGACAAUACUGUUUACAUCGGCGGAACUGAGAAACUAUCGUCGGGAAUGGCGAUCUGCUUUGAUAGUUAAAGUUCUUGGACGGACGUUCUCCUAUCCUGUGCUAGCAAAACGGCUGAACAUGUUGUGGGCCAAAUCAGGAACCAUACAGAUUGCGAACAAAUCCCACGUCUACUACUUUGUCCGUUUUACUAGUAAAGCGGAUUACGAACUAGCGUUAACUGGAGGCCCGUGGAUGAUAGGGGAGCAUUAUUUAACUACACAAAGUUGGCAGAAGAGCUUUAAUCCAAGGAACCAUGAAGUUAAGUCAACGUGUGUGUGGGUACAGUUCCCUGACCUGCCCAUUGAAUUCUCUCACCCGGAAGCUGUGUUACGCAUUGCUAAACGAGUAGGAACACCUAUUCACCUCGAUCGAGCUACGGAGUUGGGUGCUAGAGGGGGCUUUACUCGAGUCUGUGUUGAAGUUGACCUUACCAAACCUCUACUAUCCCACUUCAAGAUAGAGGGCAUUGAGUAUGAUAUCCGUUACGAGGGAUUGGACAAUAUAUGCUUUGAGUGUGGUACAUAUGGUCAUCAGACAUUACGCUGUCCUACUCUCCAUCAGGAAGAGGAUCCACUACCAAGCCAAGAGACCCCCCUCUCAUCGCAGGCAGGUCACGCUGAGCCUUAUGGGGAAUGGAUGGUAGCCCGCCGACGUGAUAAGAGACAAGGAGUGCUGUACAGAGCAAGGAAAACGACAAAUCCAAUGGCAAACAAACCCAAAGUCGCACUGAAAUCUCAGGCUCUCGUUUUGGUGUGUUGGUAA